AUGAGCGCUGCUGUUGGUGGGACGUGCCUAUCAAGCGAAGUCGGAGGCCAAGCGGCCAAGGGCGUGGCCAUGCCUGCGACGACUCCCCCUCCGCUACUUGCAUUGGCUGGAUACAAGUACUAUGGACCCUCGGAAUCUAUCGCGGAACCUAUCAUUGAUACCGUGGCCCCAGCAAAGCAGGACAACUCCGGGACUACGAUGCGCAUUGGUUGUUGA